CCCAACUGCACCUUGAUGAUGCUGUUAGAGGACAGGACGACAUGAAGGAGCAGGUUGCCAUGGUGGAGCGCAGGAACGGCCUGAUGGUGGCUGAGAUUGAGGAGCUGAGAGCUGCUCUUGAACAGACAGAGAGAGGCCGCAAAGUGGCCGAGGCAGAGCUGGUUGAUGCCAGCGAGCGUGUUGGCCUACUGCACUCUCAGAAUACCAGCCUGCUGAACACCAAGAAGAAGCUCGAGAGUGAUUUGGUUCAGGUUCAGGGUGAGGUCGAUGACAUCGUCCAGGAGUCUAGAAAUGCUGAAGAGAAGGCCAAGAAAGCCAUCACUGAUGCUGCCAUGAUGGCAGAGGAGCUGAAGAAGGAGCAGGACACCAGCGCUCAUCUGGAGAGGAUGAAGAAGAACCUGGAGGUCACUGUGAAGGAUCUGCAGCAUCGCCUGGAUGAGGCCGAAAAUCUGGCCAUGAAGGGUGGCAAGAAACAGCUCCAGAAACUGGAGUCCAGGGUCCGUGAGCUGGAAACCGAGGUUGAGAAUGAACAGAGGCGUGGUGUUGAUGCCGUCAAGGGAGUCCGCAAGUAUGAGAGGAGGGUGAAGGAACUCACCUACCAGACUGAGGAGGACAAGAAGAACAUGGCAAGACUCCAGGAUCUGGUUGACAAGCUGCAGCUGAAGGUCAAGGCCUACAAGAGGCAGUCUGAGGAGGCAGAGGAGGCAGCCAACGUCCACCUCUCCAAGCUGAGGAAGGUUGCUCAUGAGCUGGAGGAGGCUGAGGAGCGUGCUGACAUUGCUGAGUCCCAGGUCAACAAGCUCAGGGCCAAGAGCCGCGAUGGUGGAAAGAAGGAGGCGGCAGAGUAAACGCUCUCAUCUCACUUCACUUUCUUAUGGAUUAAAAAUUCUUAGAAAUGUGACUUUUCUGUAACAUGUCUGAAAAUAAAUGUGUA